GCUGGUCGGCUCGCCUUCGGGCCGUGGAGGGGGGGGUGAGCAACCGCACCUUCCAUACUGAGCAUGCUGAGCUCCAUCCAUUGGGUGGUGACGGAGCUUGUUUGGAUCGGAUUUGGUGAAGACGAAGAUUUCCGCCUCGCGCUGAAUCAGGUAGCCCACGGUGUUGGCUGCUGACCACACGGUGUCGCCGUUUUGCAUGCCGCCAUUUUGGCACCCGAGGGGACCAUGGCGAGUCCAUGCCGACUGGCCUGAACCGGCUGAACCUCACACCGCUGCGGUCAGCAUGCAGGAAGUUUCAUUGGCAACAUGCGCUGCAUCUGUUGGAUGGCCUUUGGGCAGUCGGCCAUCGCCCAGGCGCCGUGCCCUGCAGCGAGGUCUUGCGAAGCAUGGCCCGGCGGAGGCGCUGGCAGCCGGCGCUGGCGCUGCUGGCAGAACUCCGGGAGAGGCGGUUGAAGCUGGACACGGUUUGCUUCAAUAUUGGCAUGCACGCGUGCGAGCAGCACUGGGAACCCGGACGCACAUGGCUUGUUACGCUGUCGGGUCGCCCAAAGGCGCAGGACAUGAAACGGCCGAGGGGCCUGAGCCCCCCCCAAACGAGCCCCCGCAACCAGCAAUUUGGGCCGGAGUCAGAAGCUGAUGCAACGAAGACGUCGUUCCUUAGAGCCUUGGAGAGCUACCAGCUCUCCGCAAGCCAGUGGUUCCGGGUUUGCGUGCUGGGCGUUUUUUUGGGGGAUUGUGACAUCGAGGAACACGCCCUGCAGCUCUUUGCUGAUUUGAACAACGCCAGCUUGCCUCCGAGCGUCGUCAGCUAUGGUGCCCUCUUUGUGUCUCUGGGACAAGGACAUCGCUGGGCCCAAGUCUUGCAGCUGUUGAAACCCUCCCCGCAGCUGGAGGC